AUGGAAAAUGAUGGAAGAACGAAGCCGAUUCCUAGUUUGAACAAGACAUCAAAUGUCAAAACAGAAAAAAGCGAGGAUUUGUGUUUGUUUAGAGCGAAACUUGGUAAUAAGAAAAUUAGUACAGUAGUGCAUGCAAAGGAAGUGAAUAAAUUUCAUCUCGCAUACGCUCAAGUGCUCAAAGUAAAUAUGGAUAAUUUGAAAAAACGAGAACGGAAAACUGCGGAAACGAAAUUUAAGUCUACUCAUAAAGCGAAAAAGGAAUAUUAG